AUGGGAGCAUACUUUAGCUUAGGAUUACUGAAUGAAAAAUUAAAUCAGUACCAUGACGUUAUUAUUGACACCAAGAAAUGUCUUGCCAUUGCAAGGGAAAUUGGUGACAAAAGAGUUGCAAUGUCAUCGUGUCUAUCGCUAGCGAGAACAUAUCGUGAAAUAAAACUGGAAAAUGAAGCUAUUGCUUACUGUAAGAGCUGUAUAAGCAUCGCGAAAGAAAUCGAUGAAAAAGCUGUUGAGAUGACAGCAUGUUUUAUCGUUGGAAAUUUAUAUUUCUCUCAAAGCAACUAUAAGGAAGCUCUUGCGUACAGCGAAAGAAGCCUUGAGAAUACAAAAGCAAUAGGUAAUAAACGAUAUGAAUCGAUGGUUUAUUUGUUAAUUCAGGACUGUCAGUACCAUAUGAGUGAAUACAAGGAUGCGGUUGUCACUGGUCAAAAGACUAUAGCCGCUGCAAAGGACAUUGGAGAUAAACUUGGUGAAAAGGUUGCGUAUGCACUUCUCGGAAAGACAUACGAAUUAUUAAACCAGCAUGAGGAUGCUGUAGAUUGUACAACAAACAGUCUAGAGCUUGAAAUCAAAAGUGGUGACAAGAUCUCGGCAAUGACAGAAUAUUAUUCACUUGGUAAGAUCUACCACUCAUUUGGUCAUCAUGACAGCGCUAUUGCGUAUGUAAUGAAAUGCAUUGACAUGGCAGAAGAAACUGGAGAGAAUAGAAGUAAAAGUCAUGCAUACCUUUUACUUGGAGACAUUUACAAUUCGUUGAACAAAUUUGACGAGGCUGUUAUGUACCUUAAGAAAUGCCUCAGCAAUUCAGAACCUGUGCCAGUAGAAGAAAAGUUAGAUUUUCAAGCACAUUUUUUACUUGGCAAGGUGCAUGUGUCAAAGAAUCAGUUUGAUACAGCUAUUAUCCAUUUAACAAAGGCCCUUGAAUUUGCAGGAUAUAAUACGAAAGAGGAGAGAGCAUACGUGUAUCUGGGACUUGGAGAUAGUUAUCUACAAAUUCAACAACACGAUAAAGCUCGCGAGUAUCUUCGAAAGUGUCUCGAUAUUGCAAAGAGAUCUGGUAACAGACGUGCUGAAGGCGACGCGUAUAUGUUGCUGGGGAAGACCUUCGAUUCACUGCAUAAAGAGAGUGAUGCUAUCUUACAUUUAAAAAAAGGCAUUGAAAUUUUGAGAGAAAAUGGUUUAGUGCAGCAUGAAAUGCAAGGCCAUUUGUUAUUGGGGAAGAUGUACAGGUCUAGUAAGAAUUACAAUGAAGCCAUAGAGUCCUUGAAAAAGGCUAUCGUUAUUGCAUUGAGAACCGGAGACAAGAACAUGCAAAAGG